GUUGGUGCAAACGGAGUGUGCAGUUAAGCUAAAAGCUCAUUCUUCUCCUUCCUUCCUUCGAUCUAUCUAUCACGAAUCACGAUUGAUUAUCAUUACAUUCACAUUCUUCACCACUCAAAUCUCAUUCCUUCCUUCCUUCAGAUUUGAGUUUUCAUUUCCAUUUUCAUUUUCAUUUUCCUGGGAAAAUAUCACUUUCUCGUAACCAUGACCACUGCAAGCAGACUCAAAUCCGUCGAUUUUUACAGAAAAAUCCCAAGAGAUUUAACUGAGGCAUCAUUAUCUGGAGCAGGGUUAUCCAUAGUUGCAGCUCUCGCCAUGGUGUUUUUAUUUGGAAUGGAACUUAAUGAAUAUUUAUCUGUCACCACCACUACAUCUGUGAUUGUUGACAAGAGUUCUGAUGGAGACUUUUUAAGGAUAGAUUUCAAUUUCAGUUUUCCUGCACUCUCAUGUGAGUUUGCAUCGGUCGAUGUGAGUGAUGUGCUGGGAACAAACAGGCUGAAUCUAACAAAAACAGUUCGCAAGUUUUCUAUUGAUCCAAAUUUAAGACCCACGGGGCAUGAGUUUCAACCAGGCCCGGCUACCAACGUCAUUAAGCAUGAUGAGAAAGUGGAUGAAGAAUCCCUUGAAGGUGCUUUUGUAUUCACGUCAGACAAUUUUGAUAAAUAUGCUCAUCAAUUUCCAAUUACAGCUGUAAAUUUUUAUGCUCCUUGGUGUUACUGGAGUCAACGAUUGAGACCUUCAUGGGAGAAGGCAGCUAAAAUAAUAAGAGAGAGACAUGAUCCGGAAAUGGAUGGUCGAAUAUUUAUGGGGAAGGUAGAUUGCACUCAAGAAGGAGACUUGUGCCGGAGGCAUCACAUACAAGGGUAUCCGUCCAUUCGUAUCUUUCGUAAAGGAAGUGAUAUCAGAAGUGAUCACGGACAUCAUGAACAUGAGUCCUAUUAUGGAGAUCGUGAUACAGAUAGCCUUGUUAAGACAAUGGAGAAUUUAGUAGCAUCUCUCCCUUCAGAGUCUCAGAAGCUAGCUUUGGAGGAUAAAUUAAAUGUUGAGAAUGCAAAAAGAGCAGCACCAUCAGCUGGAGGAUGUCGAAUUGAAGGAUAUGUACGUGUCAAGAAGGUUCCAGGAAACUUGAUCGUCUCAGCAAGAUCUGAUACCCAUUCCUUUGAUGCUUCUCAAAUGAACAUGUCGCAUGUCGUACACCAUUUAUCUUUUGGAAGGAAAUUGACACCUAGGGCUAUGAGUGAUCUCAAGCGUUUGAUACCUUAUAUUGGUAACAGCCAUGACAGGCUGAAUGGUCUGUCAUUCAUCAAUUCACAUGAUUUAGGAGCAAAUAUUACUAUGGAGCAUUACCUUCAGAUAGUUAAAACAGAAGUGAUUACUAGAAAAGAUUAUCAAUUAGUUGAGGAGUACGAGUACACAGCGCAUAGCAGUGUAGCACACAGUUUACACAUUCCUGUUGCGAGGUUCCAUCUCGAGCUUUCCCCCAUGCAGGUCUUGAUAACAGAACAGCAGAAGUCUUUUUCACAUUUUAUUACGAACGUUUGUGCUAUUAUUGGGGGUGUUUUCACGGUAGCUGGAAUUGCGGAAUCGAUUUUGCACAACACUAUUAGGUUAAUGAAAAAAGUUGAGCUGGGCAAGAAUUUUUGAUAGAUAGUUGGAUUUUUUAUCUAGGUUAGGGUUCUUGAUUCACUAAACCUACUUCAAUGAGGAGGUCUUUCGGAAGAUUGUUAUCUAUAGAUACGCUAUAUAUAAAGCAUAAAAAUGUAGCGUUAGUGUUUUUCUUUUCAUUUGGUAAAAUGAUCAUGACAUGUAUUGCGAGCACCACCAUAUUUUUGUACUUGGUAGCGUUUUGGUAAAUAGAAUAAUUAAGAGCUGA